CACCACAGGCAAACUGCUUGUUAAUCCUCGCAGGGACCAAUAAGUGUCUUUCGUCGGGCUUGUUUGUCGCUUCCGUUAGGUCGGGCUGUGAGUAUGCGGAACUCCCUGCAGACGGAUGAUGAUGAAGGGGAUGUUGUGAAGGCAGGUUGUAACUGACCGAGCCUCCCGUUCACCGAGCAGAAGAGGCGGACGCACACCUCGCAUCGUUUCCAGUGCUGCCGACCACUUGGACGGAGCAGCUAGUUGUUCGGUCGCCGUCCCUGUGCGACGUUUCCAAUGAUACACCUUAGUCUAAACGAAACGAGGCUGAAUUCGGACACACACCGCUGCCCCUCUCCCUCUGUGACCGAGGAGGGCACCCACCACCCAGGCCGUCAUCAGCAGCUGGCUUCGCAGCGAGCGUUAGCGGCUAACCGGCUAAUGUAAGCAGGUCUGACGUGGUCUUUUCUUUUGAACCAUCAAAAUGAUAACCAAGGCACUGUGUUUCAACUUCACGCUUCAACUUUCCCAGUUGUGAUGGAAAGACAGCACCACUGACUCAAGAGGGAACAUAUAUCCUGGAUGCCGUGACAUACAGGACGUGGUUAAUCCAAGAUGGAGAAAAAGAAAAUGUGCCCUCGCCUUCUCGACUACUUGGUCGUGGUUGGAGCAAGGCAACCAAGUAGUGACAGUGUGGCCCAGACACCUCAGCUCCUCCGACGCUACCCGCUGGAGGACCACCACGACUUCCCACUCCCACCAGAUGUGGUGUUUUUCUGUCAGCCAGAGGGCUGCCUGAGCAUACGCCAGCGAAGGGUUAGCCUUCGCGACGACUCCUCAUUCGUUUUCACGCUGACCGACAAGGACUCAGGAAUCACCCGCUACGGAAUCUGCGUCAACUUCUACCGCUCUUUUCAGCGCGGACACCACCGCACUCGUGGGGACAAGAGCAGUCACACGGAGACAGCAGCUCAGGCAGCGGAGACCGCCAGUGAAGGGUCUGAUGGUAGCGGUGGAGGCCCAGCCUCCACGUUACCUCCACCUAACAAUGCUGAGUCGGCGCCUCCGCCCGCCUCCGGAGAAGAGAGCGGAAAACCAGGAGCCGAGCUAAAUGCCGGCAAAUCCCCACAGCACAGACGAAGCGCUGCUAAGAUGGCAGCCAGGAACCGCAACAGCACACUGACCUCGCUGUGCAUACUCAGCCACUACCCCUUUUUCUCCACCUUCAGGGAAUGUUUAUAUAUUCUCAAGAGGCUGGUGGACUGCUGCAGUCAGAGGCUAACACAGCGUGCUGGGCUCCCUCGUGCCACCCAGAGGGACACCAUGUGGCGGGUGUUUACUGGUGCACUGGCAGUGGAAGAGAAAGGCAGCCAGCUCCUGGCCGACCUGCGGGAGAUUGAAUCCUGGGUGUACCGGUUGCUGCGUUCACCAGUGCCAGUGGCUGGUCAGAGACGCGUGGAUGUGGAAGUGUUGCCCCAUGAACUCAAACGGGCGCUCACCUUUGCCCUGCCUGACAACUCCCGCUUCUCCAUGGUCGACUUCCCCCUGCACCUGCCCCUAGAGCUUCUGGGUGUGGACGCCUGUCUUCAGGUUCUCAGCUGUGUACUGCUCGAGCACAAGGUCAUUCUUCAGUCCAGAGACUACAACGCUUUAUCUAUGAGCGUCAUGGCCUUUGUGGCCAUGAUCUACCCUCUAGAGUACAUGUUCCCUGUCAUCCCUUUGCUGCCAACAUGCAUGGCCUCGGCUGAACAGCUCCUUCUUGCCCCCACUCCCUACAUUAUAGGUGUACCAGCCAGUUUCUUUCUCUACAAAUCUGAUUUCAAAAUGCCAGACGACGUGUGGCUUGUGGACCUUGACAGCAGCAAGGUUAUAGCACCCACCAAUGCAGAGUUGCUCCCACCUCUUCCAGAGCCUGAAGCAGGCGAGCUCAAGAAACAUCUGAAACAGUGUCUGGUUAGGUUGACCGUGAUCACCCAAAAGCAGAUCUUCUCCUCUGAAAAUAAGGCCUUGGCCAGUAUGAGUUUGAACACCCAGCCCAUUCUGAACCUGGAGAAGUUCCAGGAAGGUCAGGAGAUGCCCCUGCUCCCACCUGGACGAGAUAAAGCUUCACCAUCCUCCACGGAGUUCAACCCUCUAAUUUACGGCAAUGAUGUUGAUUCUGUGGAUGUAGCCACCAGGGUGGCCAUGGUACGGUUCUUCAACUCCCCAAAUGUUCUUCAGGGGUUCCAGAUGCACACCCGCACCUUGCGCCUCUUCCCCCGGCCAGUGGUGGCAUUUCAGUGGUCAUCUUUUCUUGCAUCCCGUCCGCGACGCUCUAGCUUUGCGGAUAAACUCUCUCACACCCAGGCAGUGGAGUUCUAUGGGGAGUGGGCUCUCAAUCCCACCAACCUCGCCUUUCAGAGGAUACAUAACAAUGUGUUUGACCCCUCCUUAAUUGGAGACAAGCCCAAGUGGUAUGCUCACCAGUUACAGCCAGUGGUCUACCGAGUGUAUGAUGGAAGCUCCCAGCUGGUUGAAGCUAUGGCUGGUCCCUUGGAGGAUGAGGGCAACGAAUCUGACCCCACAGACAGUGGUAGUGACAGUGAGGCAUAUGAUGACUCCAGCUCAUCCUAUUCCUCACUUGGAGACCUUGUGAGUGAGAUGAUCCAAGGUGACAUCCAGGGAGACACGCCAAGCUUGGACCCUCCUACCCAUGCUGCACUGGGAGAUGCUAGUGAGGUUGAGUUUCAAGACUUCCAUGACUUCAGGGACGGUCAUAGCUCGGAGGGUCCCCCAAGUGGGGAGGGACCUGCCGAACCCUCUGAUGGACAACCCCUUCGCUCAAGCUCCAGCACAACCGCAAGCUCAAGUCCCAGCACAAUCAUCCAGGGUGUUAACAACGAGCAGGGGGAAGCACCUGAAAUUGAAGCAUCAGCAAGUGCUGCUUUACAGAACCCCGUCCCCGGAUUGGCCAGUCAGCCGUUCCUCAGGCCUGCAGCUGAUGCUGGCCUGGUGGACCCAGCCAACAAAAAGCAAGAGUAUGACAACCCAUACUUUGAGCCUCAGUAUGGCUUCCCCUCAGAGGAUGACCCUGAUGCAGAAGAGCAAGUGGAGUCAUACACCCCUCGAUUCAACCAGAACCUCAAUGGCAACAAGGCCCAGCGUCCUUUACGUCCCAGUAGCCUGAGGCUGCCAGGAGAGUCUGACGGGGAGGGAGACUCCCGCAACAGCUCGCCAAACUCCACCAUUUCCAACAGCAGCAAUGAUGGAUUUGGAGGACUCAUGUCCUUUGCCAGCAAUCUUUACAAGAACCAUGGCACCAGUUUCAGUCUGUCCAAUCUUGCCCUUCCCAACAAGGCAGCGAGGGAGAAAUCAACACCUUUCCCCAGCCUGAAAGGCGCACGUGCACCGCGAGCACUCGUGGACCAGAAGUCUUCAGUAAUCAAGCACAGUCCAACAGUGAAGAGAGAAUCUCCCUCUCCUCAGGGUCGAGUCAACAACACAAGUGAGAACCAGCAGUUCUUGAAGGAAGUGGUCCAGAGUGUUCUGGAUGGGCAGGGAGUCGGCUGGCUCAACAUGAAAAAAGUGCGGCGUCUGUUGGAGAACGAGCAGCUUCGUGUCUUUGUGCUGAGUAAGCUGAACAGAGCCAUCCAGUCGGAGGAAGAUGCCAGACAGGAGAUCAUACGUGAUGUGGAGGUGAACAGGAAGGUGUACAAAGGCAUGCUGGACAUCUUGAAGUGCACAGUUUCCAGUCUGGAGCACUCGUACACGAACGCAGGCCUCGGGGGAAUGGCCAGUGUCUUCAGCUUAUUGGAAAUAGCACGCACACAUUAUCAAACCAAAGACCCAGAAAAACGCAAGCGAAGCCCCACAGACAGUGCUGGCAGCCCAGGGAGUAAAGAGAGUCCUUCUGGUCGUAUGGAGACUGCCAGACCUCAGGCCCUUCUGAAUAUUCCCCACCUGCAGCUGCCGCACCACACAACGGGCAAAGGAGCCCGCCAUUUUGAUACCCGGAGUCUGAACGAGGAGAACUUUAUUGCCUCGAUUGAAUUGUGGAGCAAGCACCAGGAUAAGCAAAAAGCUAUGGAAAAACCACAGAGGUCUGAAGGAGCAAAGCAACAGCGCCCCCAAGUGACUGAUGCAGAGGAGAAGAAAUCCCAGAUCAGUGCUGAUAGUGGCCUCAGUGUCACAUCUGGAUCUCAGAAGAGCGACACAGAGUCUGUAACAAGCUCAGAGCCACCGAUCCUGACAAGAAGCACCAGCCAGGACUCAGAGGCCAGCACAGUGAUAAGCAAUAGCUCUGGAGAGACUCUCGGCGCUGACAGUGACCUGAGCAGCACAGCAGGAGACGGCCUCGGUGGGAGGACUGCUCCUCAUUUAACUCAGUCCAGAGGGACGCUGUCUGACAGUGAGAUUGAAACCAAUCCAGCCACCAGCUCAGUGUUUGGAAAGACCCACACUCUGAAACCAGGCGCAAAAGAUCAUGCACCUGCUAUGGCAAAGGGGCCUCCUGCGCAGCCGAUGGAGGACCUCAGUAUGAGGAUUUACCUCUGUGAAGGCCUGCUGGGCCGCGAUAAGAGCUCCGUUUGGGAUCAACUAGAGGAUGCUGCCAUGGAAACCUUUUCUCUAAGUAAGGAGCGCUCCACACUGUGGGACCAGCUACAGUUCUGGGAGGACGCCUUCUUAGAUGCUGUGAUGUUGGAGCGAGAGGGCAUGGGGAUGGACCAGGGGCCUCAGGAGAUGAUCGAAAGAUACCUGUCACUAGGAGAACAUGACCGAAAGCGUCUGGAGGAUGAUGAGGACAGACUUCUGGCCACACUGCUGCACAAUAUGAUUGCAUACAUGCUAAUGAUGAAAGUGAACAAAAAUGACAUCAGGAAGAAGGUGAGGCGUUUGAUGGGGAAGUCCCACAUUGGCCUCACAUACAGCCAAGAGAUCAAUGAGAUACUGGACAAACUGGCUCACAUGAAUGGCCGUGAGCUGUCCAUCAGACCGAGUGGAAGCCGUCACAUCAAGAAGCAAACAUUUGUCGUUCAUGCUGGCACUGAUACCACAGGAGACAUCUUUUUCAUGGAGGUUUGUGAUGACUGUAUAGUCCUGCGCAGCAACAUCGGCACAGUUUAUGAACGCUGGUGGUACGAGAAGCUCAUCAACAUGACUUACUGCCCCAAGACCAAGGUGCUGUGUCUCUGGAGACGCAACGGCCAAGAGACACAGCUCAACAAGUUCUAUACCAAAAAGUGUCGUGAACUCUACUACUGUGUUAAAGACAGUAUGGAAAGAGCUGCAGCAAGACAGCAAAGCAUUAAACCAGGGCCGGAGCUGGGCGGAGAGUUUCCCGUCCAGGACAUGAAAACCGGCGAAGGUGGACUGCUGCAGGUCACGCUGGAAGGAAUCAACCUCAAGUUCAUGCACAGCCAGGUUUUCAUAGAGCUGAGUCACAUUAAAAAGUGCAAUACAGUGAAGGGAGUCUUUGUCCUGGAGGAAUUUGUUCCUGAAACUAAAGAAGUGGUGAUCCACAAGUACAAGACCCCCAUGGCACAUCAGAUCUGUUAUUCGGUCCUCUGCCUUUUCUCCUACGUGGCGGCAGUGAAGGGGAAGGAGGCGGAAGGAAAACCCAAGAUUCUGUCGCCGAGACCCCUUCCUAGCUAGUCUACACUCCGUGCACCCCCCACCACCCCUCCCUAGUACUUGGUGUGCCUCUCUACUUGAAACUGCAUCUCAGCUCUAAAACCACAGACUUCUGACAAUCCCUAAACUUUACUCUAAGCACACAAUUCCUGCUCCCCCCUGUAUAUAUGAGCCUGAGACCCCGUUCAGAUCUUAUUGUGUUAGACGUGUUUGGUCUGUGAUGUCGUGUAAAUACUUCCAGCCCCUCAACACUGUCGUCCCGAUGAUCAUAACAACUAGCUAAAUGUUUGCCUGCUUCUUAACUUGGGAGAAGUAGACUCAAGCUCUUCUCCUCUGUGUGAAAGUCUUCUAUUGUUCCCGCUGCCAAGGCCCCACUGUUUUACCCACAGGAGAUGUGAGGGAUAGCCCCGAGGCACAGAGUGCAUGCAGGUCCCGUGCACAGCCUUGACAUUCACUACAGAGUAGCGUCCCCUCCCCUCUCGCGCCCGUCUCCGUACGACUAUGUGAGUUGUUCUGUGAUAUGUGGUUACUGUAAAGUUCCAGUCUGUCUGAAGUUUAAACUGGUGGAAAAAAAACAAAAAAAAAAAAACAAACAACCAAGAGACCCUCUUGUAGUGCAGGACGUCCCAUACUGAAAAUGCUACUGUAUACUGCACCAGAGCACCGCAUGUAAACGCUUCUUAAAGGUGUUUGAACCCUAAAAUAAUGUGAGUGUUCUCAGAUGUGUUCUCUUGCCCUAGCUCAGCCUGCAAGGCCGAAUUACUGUUCUAGUUCUACUGUAAAAUUUCUCGUCUGUGGUCUGCUGUUAUUAAUUGCAUGUUACUAUGAUGAAAAAUAAAUAUUAUAUAUAUUUCUAUAUAUAGUAUUUAUUUAAUAUAUACAUAUUGACUGUACAUUUCUCUGAAAAAGAAAAAAAUGUUACAAAUUGUUCAUUUGCUAGAUGUGCAAUACUUACGAAGUAGUUAGCCAUUGCCAGAGCCAGGUUUUCUUGAGUUCACUGGCUUUCACAGGGUGAAGAAUGUAAGAACGAACUUUUUUUUACAAGUACAUAUUGAUUGAUGUGAAUAUGAUGAUUCCAUGUGACAUGACUGUUUAAAGUUUGUCUUUUCAAGGUAAAUCAACUCCAGAUCAGGGAUGGGGAAAAAAAAAAAAAAAAAACUCCCAGCUGCGGUGGGUGCAAAGUUUGGAGCAUUUUGCGCUCAGGCCACACCCCCAGUCAGUGAUGUCACGGCAGGUGUUUCUGAACAACAGCAGGUGGUGGAGAUGCUGUACAGUGAGUAAGAGUACAGUGCCCUUUCCAUUUUAAUUCAGCCACUACAAGCCAUGUGUCAUGCAUCUGAACUGUUUCUGAUGCUGUUCACGCACUUCUUUUUUUUUUCCUGUGAAAACCAAACUCACAGGGCUCAAACCAGUGUCACAUCACAGUGUGCGAUGUGUAACUGCAGGAGGUGCUGUCACAUUUUCUACAAGAGGUUGUUGUUAUUUAUGUUAUUCAGUCUUUAGCAGGUCAUUUUAUGUUGAACAGUGACUUGGUGUCAGCUGUACAUUUGUUGACCUGUAAAUCAGGUCAACAAAUGUCCCGGUUCAUGGACUUUUGCCGCAUUUAUGUAAUAUUGUUUAUCCCAUAAUUAGAAGCAGCUGAGUCAGAGAUAUUGUCCACAGCUAUGGUGAUCGAAAAGAACGACAAGUGUCAACAAACCUGUGGUAAAAUGGCUCCACACCCUCCACUGGUGGCAGUUAAAAUCAAUACUAACAAAGUCAAUUCACUGAGUUCAAAAGUAGCUAAAAACUGAAUCCGGUAAUGCUUGUUAACAAAAACCACUUGGACUUUCUCUUAAUCAUUUUAGACUGAAUAACAAGACCACUUAUACAAAGUGUGACAGAGGUGUGAAUGGUUUGAGAUGCCCAUUGUAGUUUCACAGAGUCAAAGCUGACUUGUUCAAAUUGGUUUUGUCCAACCUGCAAUUCAAAAACUCAGUCUACCAGCAUAGGAAAAAAACAGAAUAUGCUCACAUUUUAGAAACAUUUUGUGCAUUUUUCCUAUAAAAAGUAGUUCAAUGAUUAACACCUUAUUCUGUGACCAAGCAGCCAAGGAGAAACACCUGCUUUUACAUCACUGAUUAGGAUUUUAAAGAAAUCUCUUAACUCACCGCAGCUGUUUUCCAUCCUGUGAUUGAUGUUGAUUUACGGUUCAGACGUGUUGAAGCCUACAGCUGUGGUCAUCUGCUCCUCGAGGAGAACACAGAGUCUUAAUGUUGUUUCUGUUCCGUGAUAGUACAGAACUGUAGAAUCUGCUCCCAUCGCUGGCCCCAUUAACUUUCACGGCAAGAGUGUGUGUGUGUGUGUGCAGCGUGCGUUCAUGUGGUGAAGUUUCUCCAGAGCAGCAAUAUAUCGGUACAGCGAUAUCACUGGAAGAUGUUUUAUUUUGAUUCUGACAUGCUCGAAUUUUUUAGUAACUUAACUGCGCAAAGGAAAAUAAUCAGUAGGCUGUUGAGAAGAUGCUUUUCCAUUCAUGGAUAACACAGAACUCCAUCUGAAGCAUCUCCAAAAUCAGUUUGGGAAGUGGGACACAGCUCUUUCUGCUUCAGUUAUAAAAACUUUUUUUUUUCUUAAACUGGAUUAUUACAACUCAUCUCUUGUCAUUGUUCUAGCCAGCUGCUGUAACAAGAAGGUAAUAAAAAAAAAAGAAAUGAGAUGCCAGGUGUAAGUAUUCCAGUCUUUGAAAAAGUAUUUAUAGAAUAUGUACAGCUUUGGCAA